AUGGCACGUCAGGACAAGGGGAAAGGGCUUAUGGGUUCUUCUUCGAGUUCGGAUAAAUUUCCGAAGAUUAAAUUUCGGUAUGGCGGGCAAGGCGCGACUGAAGCCGAGGCGGAAGCGGAGCGCAUUCGUAUGACUGCAUCUCAUCGUCGUAGGAGAGUUAUGGAGCGCGACACUGGUUUACCGGUCGUGGACGAGAUUCCCCACAUAGAUCAGAGUUCUAGAUCUAUGGCGGGUAGCAUUCGAUCUGUAGGGGCAGAUUCUGGUAUCCCCUACGAGGGACACGAGGAGGAGCAUGACCAUGUUGAGAGCGAUUAUGAUGAUGUUCCCGUCCCGGCCGCGCGCGCACGGAAGUCUCGGUACGAGUUUGACACUUUCAGUGGCCCACUUGAGUUACAUGGUCCGGCUCCAGGAGGACCGACUGAUUGGAGGAUGAUUCCUAGUUUUAAGAGUCAUAUUGCCUACUACAUUUGGGCAGGACAUGAGCGCAGCGUGGGGCGAUGCGAGUCAAGGAUUACUGCGCUUAAUGCUUUUAGGAAACAUGAGUUGAAGCAACUCAUGGCUCCUUACAGGCAGGAUGAGUUAGAGCUACUGGAGGCAUCUGGCCUAGACUCACUCGAGUACUUCUACAUUAAAAAUGUAGACAAGGGACUCAUGGGGGCAUUUAUAGAGAGGUGGCAGCCGGAAACGAACAGUUUCCACAUGCCUUGGGGUGAGAUGACGAUCACCCUACAUGAUGUCCAUUUGAUUUUGGGGUUGCGUGUUGACGGUUUAGCGGUGCACGGUGAUUCUGUUGAGGAGAGGCCUAUGAGUGAGUUGUUGCUAGCUGAGGUUCUUGAUUUGGACAUGGUCGAGGCGCAUGCCAAGCUCGGCAAUAGUGGGAUAAAAUGGUCGGAGUUUGUGGAGCGUGUGCGUAGUCGGUCCCGAACUUGUCGGCAGAAGGUGGUAGGAUAUUUGACGUUUUUGAUCGGUAUGGCUUUGUUCCCCGACCGGAGUGUAGACAGGUUCAAGCCAACGUGGAUGAGAUAUUCUUCCGAUCUCGAGCACGUCGGCGAGUAUGCUUGGGGUGCAGCUGUAUUGGCUCAUUUAUACCGACAGUUGGGCUUGGCUAGUAGGGCCCACGUGAAGGGGUUAGCGGGUUGCACGUUACUGCUCCAGUGCUGGAUUUACGAGUACUUUCGCCCUUUCCGAGCACCUAUUAAUUCGGAUUAUAGGGAGAUGCAGCCUCGUUUCCUGAAAUGGAAACCACGCAAGGGUAUUUCGGACUUGCUCUCGGUCCGAAGGAUGCUUGAUGAUAUGCAGGCCGAUCAGAUUGACUGGAUGCCUUACGGGUCGCACGUACAUAGACGCGUUCCGCGUACAUUAUAUUAUGGGUGCAUACAGUUUAUGGAGAUUGUCGAGCCAUAUUUACCGGAUCGCGUCCUUCGGCAGUUUGGCUUCAGACAGACCGUUCCGCAGUGCUACAUCCAGUCCAGAGAGCCGUGCCUACGUGGUCCGCUUGGAGGACAGACGUACCAGGUACGGUAUGAUCCUCCAGUGCAGGAGUGGAUGGACCUGGCUACCAGCUCGAUUACGAUGGACGGUAGGACAUUAGCCUGGCCGCCGUCUGAGACUGUCACUCGGUACAUGGAGUGGUACGUUCCUCGUACUCAUCAGUACGUGAUCAACCGGGAUCCAGCGCCAGAAGGACCACCGCCAGUCGUACGCCCCCCUCCUAUUCAGCCGGACUUUUAUGACAUUGUGCGUAUCAUCCAUCCGCACAUGCACGAGAUACCCCAGCAUCUACGUGUCCAGUUACAGCCUCGUGUGGAGCCACAUGCACGUUUUCUAGGUUUAUCCCCCACUGGAGAUUCCGACGACGACGACUUUAUGGAGAUGCCACCACCGCGUCGGCGACCGGGUGGGACGAGUGGCACUUCGAGGAGGUCUAGGGGUAGACAGUAG